AUGUCUGUGAGGGGCGUCCGCGUUUGGAGACGUACAGAUGUCCAGGCGCCCCUUUCUAUAUUAGUAGAAAAGAAUGGACAAGAUGGUUCUCUACAGUUUCAGAAUGGAGCAAUACUAGCUCUCAAUUCUGAUGCUACUGAGGUGGAAAGAAGACAUCAUGCCAAAGUCUUGGAUGCUUAUGGAAUAAUGGGAGUACUGAGACUAAGCAAAGAAGAAUCUUUGCUUGUUGCUGUAACGGGGGUGCUCUCUGUGGGUCAGCUCUACAAUGCAGACAUACUUAAAGUAACUAACUGUGAAUUCAUUCCUCUAAAAACAGUAGGGAAUGUAGAGUAUAUCGAUCCUAGAAUAUCAGAUCUUCAACGUCUACUCUCCUCUGGAAUGUUUUAUUUUUCUGCAUCGAAUAAGUAUGAUCUCAUAUCUUGUUCUCAGCGCCGUUAUGAUGGGAAAGAGAGUGAUAAUCGAUUUUUCUGGAAUAGAUCCCUUCAUUUUCCAUUUAACUACUUUGGAAUUGACACUGAUCAAUGGCUCUUGAAAUGCAUGGCUGGAUCUGUUCUAGUAAGAACUGUUUAUGUUGGACAUAGAACCGGACGUGUUGCACUGGUUUCACGAUUAAGCUGUGAACGAGUAGGAACGCGCUUCAAUGUUCGUGGGGCAAACCAUCUAGGGCAUGUAGCUAAUUUUGUAGAAACAGAACAGUUGAUUGUGUUCGAUGAUUGUGAAAGCUCUCUUAUACAAGUAAGAGGGUCGAUUCCUUUGUUCUGGGAGCAGCCAGGCGUGCAGGUUGGCUCACAUAAGGUUAAAUUACGGGCUUUCGAAGCAAGUGCUCCAGCUUACCAUAGACACAUGUCUGGGCUUCUGGAGACUUACGAAGAUGCCGUAGUUGUUAAUCUCUUAGGACAUAAAGAGGGAGAAAGAAUGCUCGCUGAGGCUUUCAGAAAACAACAUAAAAGCACUAAAAUGUCUGAUCAGAUUGAUUUCAUCGACUUUGAUUAUCACGCUCAAACUAAGUCAUCCAAAGAUGCUAUCAAUAUUCUGAAAACGAAGUUACAACCUCAUCAACAACGAUUCGGCUUCACAGUGUUUUCUGGAGGAAGCGUCAAAAGACAACAGCAUGGUGUUUUACGCGUAAACUGUUUGGAUUGUUUAGACAGAACGAAUUCUGUUCAGACGAUCGUUGGGCUUUCGACUGUGGGAGCGCAAGUAGCAUCGUUGGAUCUUGAUGCUGGAAAAGUGAAUAUCCAACAAAGAAUAGAAGAAAUUUUGAAAGAUCUAUGGCAGAAAAACGGAGACCAAUGCAGUACUAUAUAUGCAGGUACUGGUGCAUUAGAUGGAAAGAACAAGUUGAAAGACGCAUCGCGAUCCAUUGCUCGUACUAUUCAAAACAAUCUUAUGGAUGGUUCUAAACAAGAGUCGUUCGACCUUUUCUUGGCUGGAUGCUCCUUCGAUUCAAAGCUUUUUGACAAAGCCUCUAACCUGUUUCCAUCAAAUGUUAUUCAAGCUAACUAUUAUUUUCAUGAGUAUGCCAAUGCUGUAGCUCAGCUGGUAGAGAGAUCUAAAGAGGUCACUAUUCCCAACCCUAUAAAAAUAUUUGUUGGAACAUGGAACGUCAAUGGUGGAAAAAACAUCCAUAAUGUUGCUUUUCGUAGUGAAGCAAAUAUAUCUGAUUGGAUAUUCAAUAGAGCCAGCUUAGUAUGUGUGGAUGAAUUGGAUGAACUGCCUGAUGUGGUUGCUAUUGGUGUAGAAGAGUUGGUAGAUUUGAAUGCAACUAACAUGAUGAAAACGAGCUUGACCAACCAGCGUGUAUGGACAGAGUCGAUCAGAAAAACAUUAUUAGAGAAAGCUUCCUAUAUUAUGGUUGCUUGUGAACAACUAGUCGGAGUCUGUUUGUUUCUCUUCGUUCGUAAUCAUUUGGCACCGUUCAUGAAAGAUUUUUCCGUUUCCUCAGUGAAAACGGGAAUGGGAGGAACGACUGGAAACAAGGGCUCAGUUGCGUUCCGCAUGGUAGUGCAUUCAACUAGUGUAUGUUUUGUGUGCUCUCACUUUGCUGCGGGACAGAAUGAGGUGAAAGAUCGCAACGAAGACUAUCAAAGUGCAUUGAAAAAAAUUAGAUUUGCUCAAGGGCGAGACGUAGAAUCUUGCGAUGUUGUUUUUUGGUUGGGUGAUUUCAACUACAGGAUAAAUCUCGGAGGAGAAGAAGUCAAAAGAGCAGUAGCUAAUAAUCAGCUCGAACAGUUAGUGCCGAAUGAUCAACUGACGCAACAAAAAGCUAUGGGAAAUACUUUUGUUGGAUUCAGCGAAGGAAAGCUCACAUUUGCACCAACAUACAAGUACGACACGUUCAGUGAUGAUUAUGACACGAGUGAAAAAUGUCGAACACCGGCAUGGACAGAUAGAGUCUUAUGGAAAGAUGAUAGAAAUGCUCGAGAUACUCAGUUAUUGAGGUAUUAUCGUUCCGAAAUCAAAACUUCUGAUCAUCGACCUGUUGGAUCACUGUUCAGUAUUAAUGCGUACAAAGUGGAAGCUUUGAAAUGUGCUGUUCUAUUCGAAGAUGUACUGAGCUCUAUGGGCCCACCUGACGGUACAAUCUUGUGUUCAUUCGAAGGAGUUAGCCGUUUCCCACAUACUGCAUAUGGGGACAUAGUUCAAAAAUUAAUGGAAUUGAAUGCUGUUGUUUUAGCGAGCAAAUAUGAAGAUAACUUCUUGUGGAUUAUUCUGGAUUCUGGUGAAUCAGCUUUAGCUGCUUUAAGCAUGGACGGAGUGCCAAUAGGAGCCGAUCGAAGAACACUGACUGUGGUUUUGAAGUCUCCCUCUUGGACAGAUAAUCUUAAUAUUGAUUCGACGAUGUUCGACCAAAAAGAUUUGUUUACUCCGCAAGAAGAUAAUUCAGGAACUGUUGCUACUUUUGAAUUUGAUGAUGAUGAUGAAAUCGCUAGUCUAGCUCCGGGAUCGGUACCAGACCGACCCAGACCUGCAUCCGGAAGAAGCGAAAGGAUUCCUCAACAGGGCUCUUCUACAGCUUUGGCAGAUUUAGACUGGCCUGUUGACAACCGAAGCUCAUCACCAUUUUCGUCAUCGCUCCCAAAUAGAGGUUCAAAUCCAGUACUUUUCGCUGAUUUCGAACAACUCUCAAUGCGCACUGUUAAUAAUACGCAAACAUCCGCGCCCCCGCAAAUAAUGCAAAACGCAGUUCCAGUCAUACCUAAUCGUCCUGCUCCACCACCACCACCUCCCCGCCCAAAUUUGCCAACUGUGCCCCCUCGUCCUAAGGGAUGGUAA